AAAGUGAAAAAUGGGGAUAGUGAAGUCAUUAUUUGAAUUCUUUCUCUCUCCUCCUCCUCCUCUCUCUCUCCUCUCUCCCAACAAACUUUGAAAUUCUGACAGCUUCCAAGCUUUGGCCUACCAUCGCCAUUCACCAUUCUUCUUCUUCUUCUUCUUCUUCUUCCCCUUUUCCUUCUCUGAUUUCUGUAGCCAAAGCCAGAAAUCAACAACAACAAGCAGAAGAAUCAUCAUCAUUAUCAUCGUCAUCGUCAUCGUCAUCCUCAUACUCAUACUCAUCCUCAUUCAACCGGAGCCAUGUCAGGCUAUGUUGGCAUUCUCGUCUCAGAUCCAUGGCUCCAGAAUCAGUUCACUCAAGUCGAGCUCCGGAGUCUUAAGUCUCAUUAUAUGAGUAUGAAGAGAGAGAACGGUAAGCUUAAACUUGGAGACUUGGCUUCUAAGAUGUCGAGGCUUAAAGUUGUCGGAGAGAAUCUUACGGAGCAAGAGAGAGCUUCUUUUAUACAAGAUUUGUAUCAGAAUCAGGAUGAUGAAGUCGAUUACGAAUUCUUCCUUAAAAUUUAUCUGAAAUUGCAAGCUCAUGCAAGUGCUAGAACCGGAAGUACUGGUGCGAAAACUUCAUCGGCAUUUCUUAAGGCCGCCACCACUACUUUGCUUCAUACAAUUAGCGAAUCCGAGAAGGCAUCUUAUGUCGCACAUAUCAACAAUUACCUUUCACAAGAUAAAUUUCUUAAGAGAUACCUCCCUAUAGACCCUUCCACGAACAAUCUAUUCGAGAUUGCAAAGGACGGAGUUCUUCUCUGUAAACUAAUCAAUGUGGCGGUUCCUGGAACUAUUGAUGAUCGUGCAAUCAAUACAAAGGCUGUGCUCAACCCUUGGGAAAGAAAUGAAAACCAUACACUUUGCCUCAAUUCUGCAAAGGCCAUUGGAUGCACUGUAGUAAAUAUUGGAACACAGGAUUUCAUUGAAGGAAGGCGGCAUCUUGUACUUGGACUUAUAUCUCAGAUUAUUAAGAUACAAUUAUUGGCAGACCUCAACCUCAAAAAGACCCCUCAGUUGGUGGAGUUGGUUGAUGAUAGUAAGGAUGUGGAGGAGUUGAUGAGCCUACCUCCGGAAAAGAUCUUACUGAGGUGGAUGAAUUUUCAACUUAAGAAAGGAGGAUACAAAAAGACAGUAACAAAUUUCUCUUCUGACAUAAAGGAUGCAGAAGCAUAUGCUUACCUUUUAAAAGUCCUUGCACCUGAGCACAGUAAUCCAUCAAUAUUGACGGUGAAAGAUUCUUUAGAACGAGCAAAGUUGGUUCUUGAACAUGCAGAUAAGAUGGGUUGCAAAAGAUACCUCACAGCUAGGGAUAUAGUGGAAGGUUCACCAAAUUUGAACCUUGCUUUUGUUGCUCAUAUCUUUCAGCAUAGGAAUGGGCUGUCUACGCAGACGAAGCAGAUAUCUUUUUUAGAGACAAUGCCAGAUGACGCCCAAAUUUCCAGGGAAGAGAGAGCAUUCCGUUUAUGGAUAAACAGCAUGGGGCUUUCAACUUAUAUCAAUAAUGUCUUUGAGGAUCUUAGAAAUGGGUGGAUUCUUCUUGAGACGCUAGACAAGGUGUCCCCAGGAAUUGUUAAUUGGAAGAUUGCAAAUAAGCCUCCAAUUAAAAUGCCAUUUAGAAAAGUAGAAAACUGCAAUCAAGUUGUCAAAAUAGGGAAGCAAUUGAAGUUCUCCCUGGUCAAUAUUGCUGGAAAUGAUAUUGUGCAAGGGAAUAAAAAAUUGAUAUUGGCUUACUUGUGGCAACUGAUGAGAUACAAUAUCCUUCAACUUCUAAAGAACUUAAGAUUCCACUCAUUUGGAAAGGAAAUCACCGAUGCUGAUAUUUUGCAAUGGGCAAAUAGCAAAGUCAGAAGUUCUGGGAGCCAGUGUCGCAUGGAUAGUUUCAAGGACAAGAGUUUGUCGAAUGGAACAUUUUUCCUGGAGCUUCUCAGUUCAGUGCAACCUAGAGUUGUGAAUUGGAGUCUUGUUACCAAAGGAAUCUCCGAGGAGGAGAAAAAGAUGAACGCAACGUACAUCAUUAGCAUUGCAAGGAAGCUUGGAUGUUCCAUAUUUUUGCUUCCUGAAGACAUCACUGAGGUGAAUCAAAAGAUGAUCCUCACUUUAACUGCAAGCAUAAUGUAUUGGUUCUUGAAACAAGGUGGCGAUGACAAAGCUUCGGUGAGUUCAGACAGCGAAAACAGCAGCCAAUCAGAGGUGAUUUCGAACUCGACGACCGAUGACUCAGCCUCCGAGUCAUCAGCAGAUGAAAAUGGUAAUAUGUAAAUCAAAAGGCAUCAUACAAAAAUUCCAAAUGAUGAUUACAUUUUUUUAGUUGUUUAAUUUUCAGUUGGAAUUUGUGAAUUGCAAAAGAAUGUGUAUUGGCUAAAAAUGGUGCAUUAUAGGAAGAAGAAACAAACCAAAAGUGCUUUUUUUAAAAAAGGAAAAAUUUUUGCUUUCUGUAGAAAGCUGCGAUCUAUGUAUAGUUCAGUUCCCUCUUCCCUCUUCCCUGAUCAGUUCUUUUCAACAAAUAUUUGUAUUAUGAAUUUGAUUUUUUUUUUCUUUUUGGGGUUUUCAGUCAUAUAUAGUAUCUAUUAAUAUU